GAAUCCUCCUGCUUCAGCCUCCCAAGUGAUGGGAUUGCCGGAGUGGGCCACCGCUACUCCAGACCUCUGGGUUUAGUCGGGUGUCAGGCAGGUGGCGGCUCAGUGGCCUCGGUGACUUGCAGAGAGAACCUUCCUCGUUCCUGCCGGGGGAAGAUCCAGGCCCGAAGCUCGGUAGGGGAGGGACCGGCGGCCUGGCUGCUGCCCCUCGCGCGGUUCUGAUCCCCAGGUUCCUGGAAGCCCUUCCCAGGAGGCGUUUUCCUUCGCCAAGAGCCGAGGGCCAUCGGGUGGCGCGGGAGCCCGGCUCCGGGCUGGCCAGAGCUGUGCGGGGACCGGGGACAGCUGUCGCUCUCGGACUCUACACCGCGGACCUCUGCCCGAGGGCGCGUCGAGCCAUGGAGGGCGCAGACCUGGCGGUGAAGGUCCUGUCCACCUGGCUGACGCUGGUGCUCGGCCUCAUCCUGCUGCCUUCGGCCUUCGGGGUGUCCCUGGGCAUCUCCGAGAUCUACCUGAAGAUCCUGGUGAAAACCUUGGAGUGGGCCACCUUACGAAUAGAAAAAGAAGCUCCAAAGGAGUUGGUUCUUAAAAACUCAGCCUCUGUGGGUAUCAUCCAAAGAGAUGAGUCCCCCAUGGAAAAGGGGCUCUCUGGUCUUCGAGGGAAGGACUUUGAGCUGUCUGACGUGUUCUAUUUCUCCAAGAAGGGACUGGAAGCCAUCGUGGAAGACGAAGUGACCCAGAGGUUCUCCUCAGAGGAGCUGGUGUCAUGGAAUCUCCUCACGAGAACCAAUGUCAACUUCCAGUACAUCAGUCUGCGGCUCACUAUGGUGUGGGUGCUGGGUGUCCUAAUACGUUAUUGUGUUCUGCUUCCUCUGAGGGUUACCCUGGCUUUCAUUGGGAUCAGCUUGCUGAUUAUCGGAACUACGCUAGUUGGACAGCUGCCAGACAGCGGCAUCAAAAACUGGCUGAGUGAAAUGGUACAUCUGACCUGCUGCCGGAUCUGUGUGCGGUCGCUCUCUGGUGCCAUUCGUUACCAUAACAAGCAGUACCGACCCCAGAAAGGUGGCAUUUGUGUUGCUAACCAUACUUCUCCCAUAGAUGUUUUGAUCUUGACAACGGAUGGAUGUUAUGCCAUGGUUGGCCAGGCUCACAGUGGGUUGAUGGGAAUUAUGCAGAGAGCUAUGGUCAAGGCUUGUCCACAUGUCUGGUUUGAACGUUCAGAAAUGAAGGAUCGACAUCUGGUCACUAAGAGAUUAAGAGAACACAUUGCUGAUAAGAAGAAGUUACCCAUAUUAAUCUUUCCUGAAGGAACCUGCAUUAACAAUACUUCAGUCAUGAUGUUUAAAAAGGGAAGCUUUGAAAUCGGGGGAACCAUAUAUCCAGUGGCAAUAAAGUACAACCCUCAGUUUGGUGAUGCAUUUUGGAACAGUAGUAAAUACGGCGCUGUGAGCUACUUGCUUCGGAUUAUGACCAGCUGGGCCAUCGUCUGUGAUGUGUGGUACAUGCCCCCCAUGACCAGAGAGGAAGGAGAAGAUGCGGUUCAGUUUGCUAACAGGGUUAAAUCCGCUAUUGCUGUCCAAGGAGGCUUGACUGCACUUCCCUGGGAUGGAGGGCUGAAGAGAGCAAAGGUGAAGGACACCUUUAAGGAAGAGCAGCAGAAGAAUUACAGCAAGAUGAUUGUGGGAAAUGGCUCUCCCCAGGUAGAAGGGGACUGAAGCACUCAUUGCUAAGCUUGACUUUUCAGAACUGGCCUCCAGAAGUGAACUGAUUGUUAUUUUUUAUUGUUAGUCUUUUCUAUAGGAUGAAUGUGUCUCCUUGUAUGCCAGAGGCAGAAGCUACCAGUGGCCUUUCUGACCCCUAUGGCUACAGCAUUAACUCCAUGAACUGUGAGGUAGAAUUUCUGAGUUGAAAGAAAUUCUGCCUUAUUUAAAAUGAUGGUGUCAUUGGUGAUUGACUGAAAUAUUUGUAUGGAAAAGGUGCUUCUGGAAUGUGUUUGGAACUUGUUAAUAGGGUAAUCCUCAAACAGUUCUAGAAUUGACUUUUCCUCUUUCCUUUAAUGCCUUUCAGUUUUAUUUUUCUCAUUUAGAUAGUUUGAUGCAGUCAGGCUUGCCUUGAACUCCUGAUCAUCCUGCCUCCAACUCCCAAGUGUUGGCAUCACAGGCACGCAUCACCAUGCCCAGGGUUUCCCUUCAGUAGCUUGAAUGGUGAGAUUACCUGUCAGUUAAAUUCUACUAGAAGGUUGAGAAGAAAAAUGGAGGAUUGUAUUUAGGGGAAAGGAUGAGUUUGUGAUCACCUGAUCUGAAAGGGAAGGAAAUGGAAAUUUUCUUAACCAGUGUGUAAGAAGAGAAGUACUAAUUGAUAAGCUUCUUGAGAGGAAAGAGACUAGAAGCAGCCAGGUCUGGUGGCGCACGCCUGUAAUACAGCACUCAGGAGGCAGAGGUAGGAGGAUCAUUGUGAGGUUGAGGCCAGCCUGGAGUACAUGGUGAAUUCCAGGUCAGCCUGGGCUAGAGCGAAACUCUACCUCAAAAAGAGAGAGAGAAUAGAAGCAAAUUUGUGUGUGUGUUUACGUAUAGGCAACACAUUUCAGUCUGCAAUGGCAGUGAAAAGAGUAGUUAGUUUUCCUUGUUUGUACAUUAAAAAGCCUCUUUCAUCUAAUGAUUUGUUUUUGAAACCAAAUAUGUUUUCAAGUAGGAGGAGUCUUUAAAAUAAAGUCACUUUGAAUAUCUUCAGUAUGAAUGAGUGAAGUGUGCGGAGCUGCCCUCACUGCUCACGCUCAUCUUCACUCCACGCCUUUACUUUGGCGGUUUAUUCCCAAAUGUUCCCAGUCUCCUAAGCAGAGAAGUAAAUGGUAUAAUUACCUUUUGGAAACUGAGCCUUAAAUCUUUUUAAAGGGGAGAAAUAAGCUUUCUCCUGUUCAAAUGGCAUAAGCAAUAUUUGAUAGCAAUAUGUAAACUCUGGAGAGUGUUAUCUCUGGUGACCAUGUGCAGAAUGUGAACUAUCUUAUUACGGCAUAAAUAAAUUUUAUAUUUUUAAA